AUAAAAUGAGCUUAAGAGAAUUUAACAAAGUGGCAACUAAUGAAAAUUGAUCUGUUCCCACUAUAUAAUUAUUUGGCGGGAGAGAGUCGACUGCCGGCGGUGGCUUUUCUCACCGGCGCCGCCGUAGGAAAUUGACCGGAGAAUCAGAAAGCCGAUAGAUUCCAACAGGCCAUGGCUGCCAAACUGCCUUUACCGAGCUGUCCCACAAUUUCUAAGCAUUUGACUGCUGAUCAUACUAGAUCAAGAUUUAGUGGAGCUGUCUGCCUUUGGAGAGCUGCACAUUCAUUAGGCAGAAUUUUGCAUUUCCAGCUAUCUUUUACUAAUAUUGUCCAACCUUAUUCAUUCAGAAAUUUCAAGAGGCGGGCGUGGUCUAUAAGAAGUGCUGCAGAUGGCAGCGGACUAGAUUCUAAUCCUUCAACCAGCGGUAGUGGUGGAACUCGACUUAUUAGAGCCAUUGAGGCUCUUCUAGCCAAACUAGAUGCCAGGAUAAAGGUGUUGAGGAAAAAUCUGCCAAUGAAGUUGCUGUUUUUCUUAGUGGGUUUCUAUUGCGCAACCGCUUUUGCCACUGUAAUAGGGCAGACAGGUGAUUGGGAUAUUAUUUCUGCUGGAUUAGCUGUGGCGGUGGUGGAGGGUGUUGGAGCUCUCAUGUAUAGAUCUAUUCCUUUAAUUGAUGGAGUAAGGAGCCUCAUCAUUAUGUUCAAUUAUUGGAAAACUGGGUUGACUCUUGGUCUAUUCCUCGACUCUUUCAAGUAUUAAGGCGGAGAUGAGGAGAGAAGUGUACAGAAAUCACAAUGCCAUGGAAAUUUCAUAGUUUAUCUUUUGCGCAUUUGUAGGCAAAUUCAUGUUGUCAGAGGGUAAUUGUACAUCUUUUGCAAUUUGCAGGAUGUCCUUUGUACAGUGUCUCCAAGGUAUAGCAUACACAUCACUAGUACAUGGGAGGCAUCCCUAGUUUGAUGCCACAUUAAUAAAAUGUAGCAUAAGAAGACAUUGUUUAAUCUUUCAGUUUUAUGCUAUCUGUUCCUUUA